AUGGGGGAUCGUGAUAGCAUUCUGGCGAACUACAUGUUGUCCUCGAUUCGCAAGGACCUUGAGUUCCUCAAGAGCAACCAAUACGUCAAUGCUCAAACGUGCGAUGAAGUCCUUUCUUUAUUACCGACCCAAGUUGAAAACGGCAGCAAACGACCUCCUCUUCCUACACGCAAGUCUGGUACAGUAAGCUCGCCACAUCUUUCACCUGCUACUGCUACUGCUACUGCUACACCAGCACCUAAGCUUCCUGCUCGACGUUCGGCAACAGAUAAUACCACGAACACACCUCCGCCAAAACCAUCACCUCGAAUGACCCCUCCAACACCACCGCAGCAACAACAGCAACAACAACAACGACCUAUACCAGCUGCACGAUCACCCAGUGGUGCUGUACAAGUGAUGCCAUCCAUUCCUAAGCAACAACAGCCUCCAGAACCUGUUGCACGAAAGAUGCCCAUAGCAACGCCCGUAGCUGCUGCUGCUGCUGCUGCAACAACUGCAGCUGUUGUAUCGGAUGCACAACCAGAGCCUACGCCACCACCAGCCUAUACACCUACAGCAUCAUCCUCUAUUGCUACAGCUGAAGCCAUUUAUGGCUAUGAUGGUGAUGAUCCAAGUACUGAUCUUAGCUUCCGUCAAGGUGAUAUUAUUCAAGUCACUGAAUAUGUGAAUGAUGAUUGGUGGCGUGGUGAAUUGAACGGCAAAUCGGGCAUCUUUCCACAAAAUCAUGUCAAAAAGAUCAGUACUCCCAAACCAGCUGCUGCCAAACGUGCUGUACCUCCCAAACCAAAUCCUGCACCUGUUACACCAGCUUCUACUACCACCACCACCACCAACAAUGCUCUUCCUCCAUAUAGUUAUCCACCUCCACCCACACAAAUGUAUCCUGCUCCACCUGCAUCAACACCACAACAAUAUUAUCCGCCGCCACCGGUUGCAGCAGCAGCAGGUAGUAGUAGCAGCGCAAUGGCUCCACCUGGACAACCACAACAACAAGGAGAACAUGAUGAAGGUGGUGGCAAGGUCCAUAGCAUGGCUAAAAAGUUUGGCGGUAAUGUUGCAAAUGCAGCUGUAUGGGGUUUUGGUGCCACCGUUGGCAGCGAAGCUGCAAGAGCCAUCUUUUAA